UCCUCUAUUAGCCUGAAACUUGAUUCCAACCAAUCAAAGCAAGCCGAGAUGAAGCAGAAGAUCGUGAUCAAGGUGGAGAUGACGUGCGACAAGUGCCGGUCCAAGGCAAUGACGCUGGUGGCGGCAACGGUGGGGGUGGACUCAGUGGCACUGGCUGGGGACGGCAAGGACCAGGUGGUGGUAGUCGGCGACGGUGUCGACUCCGUCAAGCUCACCAGCGCGCUGCGCAAGAAGGUUGGCCACGCGCAGCUCAUGCAGGUCGGCGAGGUCAAGAAGGAGGAGGAGAAGAAGAAGCCCGCCGAACCAGCAGCCGCCGCCGCCUCUGUGGUCGAGUACGCGUACCCGUGGCAAUACUAUCAGUACCCUCCCGCUGGCGCCUAUGGCUACCCGCAGUAUUACUCAAACUGUCAAACACCUGCUGGAUGUAGCCACAGCAUAUGCUAA